UUCGCCCCCCCGCGUCCUUCCUGCUUCCGGGGGCCGCCGCGGGGAGGAUUUGCCGCAGAUGACAUCAGCUGUGGAUGCUGGAAACGCGGCGGCGGCGGCGCGGGGAUGCGCCGGCUCCCCCCCUUCCCCCUCCUCCUUGCCAGGACCCUGCCCUGCACCGUCUCCGUAUAAAAGCGCCGCCGCCGCCCGCCCGCCGUCACUCCCUGCCCGCCGCCUGCAGAGACAGUGCCGAGUGGCCCUUUCUCCUGCCAGCGCCCCGGAGCCGCGGGGCGGAGGCGAUGGCCACCGUCGUGGUGGAAGUGGACUCGGAGCCCUCCUGCAGCAUCCCCAACCCCACCUCCCCCUCGCCCAGCCUCUCGCACCGCUUCCUGGACAGCAAGUUUUACCUCCUGGUGGUCAUCGGCGAGCUGGUGACCGAGGAGCACCUGCGGCGGGCCAUCGCCAACAUCGAGCGAGGAAUCCGAUCAUGGGACACAAACCUGAUUGAAUGCAACUUGGAUCAAGAACUGAAACUUUUUGUCUCUCGCCAUUCAGCUAGAUUCUCUCCUGAAGUUCGAGGUCAGAAGAUUCUCCACCACAGAAGUGAUGUCUUGGAAACUGUGGUCCUGAUCAAUCCCUCAGAUGAAGCAGUUAGUACUGAGGUGCGCUUAAUGAUCACAGACGCUGCAAGACACAAGCUCCUUGUACUAACUGGACAGUGCUUUGAAAACACAGGAGAACUCAUUCUUCAGUCAGGGUCCUUCUCCUUCCAGAACUUCAUUGAGAUCUUCACAGAUCAAGAGAUUGGUGAAUUAUUGAGCACCACACACCCUGCCAACAAAGCCAGCCUAACCCUCUUCUGUCCGGAGGAAGGGGACUGGAAAAAUUCCAACCUUGACAGACACAACCUUCAAGACUUUAUUAACAUUAAACUUAACUCAGCUUCCAUAUUGCCUGAAAUGGAAGGACUCUCUGAAUUCACAGAGUAUCUGUCAGAAUCAGUGGAAGUGCCAUCACCUUUUGACAUUUUGGAACCUCCAAUCUCAGGAGGCUUCUUGAAGCUCUCCAAACCCUGCUGUUACAUUUUCCCAGGGGGAAGAGGGGACUCUGCAUUGUUUGCCGUGAAUGGAUUCAACAUGCUUAUUAAUGGAGGAUCGGAAAGAAAAUCCUGCUUUUGGAAGCUUAUCCGGCACUUGGACAGGGUAGAUUCCAUUCUGCUCACUCACAUUGGAGAUGACAACCUGCCAGGAGUCAAUAGCAUGCUUCAGCGAAAGAUAGCUGAACUAGAAGAGGAACAGUCUCAAGGGUCUACCACCAACAGUGACUGGAUGAAGAAUCUGAUCUCACCUGAUUUGGGAGUUGUAUUCCUUAAUGUACCUGAGAACCUGAAGAACCUGGAUCCUAACUUUAGAGUGAAAAGGAGUGUAGAAGAAGCUUGUUUAACUCUCCAGUAUUUAAAUAAAUUGUCUAUGAAACCAGAACCUCUUUUCAGAAAUGUGGGAAAUACCAUUGACCCCAUUGUUUUAUUUGAGAAAAUGGGUGUUGGCAAACUUGAGAUGUAUGUGCUUAAUCCUGUCAAAAGCAGCAAAGAGAUGCAAUAUUUUAUGCAGCAGUGGAGUGGUACUAACAAAGAUAAAGCUGAAUUCCUGCUACCAAAUGGCCAAGAACUAGACAUUCCAUUAUCCUACUUCACCUCUGUCUCAUGCCUGAUUGUGUGGCAUCCAGCUAAUCCUGCAGAAAAAAUAAUCCGAGUUCUGUUUCCUGGAAACAGCACCCAAUAUAAUAUUCUAGAAGGACUAGAAAAACUCAAACACUUAGACUUCCUUAAACAGCCGAUGGUUACACAAAAAGACCUAACCGGCAACAUCGCUAGUCCAGCUGUGAAACAAGCGAAGCUGAAACAGCGAGCAGAUAGCAAGGAGAGUCUCAAGCCUGCUGCAAAGACACCACCAAGCAAGCCUGUCAGAAAAGAAUCUAAAGAAGAAACACCAGAGCCUGCAAAGCCCAGUCCGGCACCAGAAAAGCCUCAGAAGCUGGAAAGCAAAGAAAAAGUUACAGUUAAAAAAGAGAAACCAGCAAAAGUGGAGGCUAAACCUACAGUGGUGGAAAAAGAUAUAACAAGUAAAGAAGAACAAAUAUUAAAAUAUGAAAUUCCUGAAAAACAAGCUACAGAUGUAAAACCAAAAGGAUCAAAAGAUAAGUCAGUGAAAAAGGAAAGCAAAGCAAAACAUGAAGAAAAGAAGGAGGAAAGAGAAAAACCAAAGAAAGAUAUUUCUAAAAAAGAGGAGAAAACAGCCAUCAAAAAAGAGGAAAAACCCAAAAAAGAAGAGAUCAAGAAAGAAGUUAAAAAAGAGGUGAAAAAGGAAGAGAAGAAGGAGACUAAGAAGGAAGUAAAGAAAGAAACUCCACCAAAGGAAGCUAAAAAGGAAGCUAAAAAAGAAGAGACAAAGGAAAUUAAGAAGGAAGAAAAAGAAGCCAAAAAGGACAUCAAAAAGGUUCCUAAAGAAACAAAGAAGACACCUGCUCUUUCCACUGAAGCCAAAAAGCCAGCAGCAAAGCCUAAACCACAAAAGAAAGAGGAACCUGCUAAAAAAGAAGCAGUACCUGCUGGAAAGCCAAAGGAAAAAGGAAAAGUUAAGACUGUGAAGAAGGAGAUCAAAGUCAGUGGAGCACAAGCUGCCCUUGCAGCAGUUGGAGUUGCUGCCACAACUGUAGCAGCUGUAGCAGCUGCAGAAAUUGCAGCCCAUGGGAGCGAACUUGAAGCAGAGAGAUCCCUUAUGUCUUCACCAGAGGAUUUAACAAAGGAUUUUGAGGAAUUAAAAGCUGAAGAAGUAGAAACAACAGAAGAAACAAAACCUCAGGUUGCACUUAUAGAGGAUGAACUGAAACUCACUGGCACGGUGCAAAAAGAGGCCCUUGAAGUACAAAGAGAAAAAUUAGAUGAAGGACCUGCUGAGUCCUCUGAUGAAGGCAUAACUACCACAGAGGCUGAAGGUGAAUGUGAACAGUCACCUGAAGAAUUGGAACCUGUGGAAAAGCACAGGGUUGAUGACAAUGAAAAAUUUGAAGAUGAGGGAACUGGCUUGGAAGAAUCGUCUGAAGCAGGAGAUUAUGAGGAAAAGGCAGAGACGGAAGAAGCUGAAGAACGAGGUGAAAAUGAAGAAAAGACACCACUGGACAUCACAAAACCUUAUAUGGAGGAACCAAGAAAAACUGAAGAGAGCUCAGAAGAAAUAAUGGCUGAAGCAGAUGUUAACAUCAAAGGUGAAAAGUAUGUUGAAAAGGCAGAUUAUGAGGCAUCAGACGAACGGGCUGAGGAAGACAGGGAAGAAGCAAUAGAAAAGGCAGAAAUGGAAGAGACUGAAGAAGAUGAGGAAGACAAAGCAGAAGACAUCAGAGAUGAAGAAGAAACUGAAAAAAUAGAAGCUGAAGAAGAUUAUGUGAUGGCUGUGGUAGACAAAGCUGCUGAAGCUGGUGAAGUUGAAGAUAAAUAUGGCCUACUUAUAAUUACACCAACAAAAUGCUCAGAGCCUCAGUCUCCAGCAAUUGAACCAGCCUCUUCUAUCCAUGAUGAGACAUUACCUGGUGGUUCAGAAAGUGAAGCCACUGUUUCUGAUGAAGAAAAUAGAGAGGAUCAGCCUGAGGAAUUCACUGCUACUUCAGGUUACACACAGUCUACCAUUGAAAUAUCCAGUGAACCAACUCCAAUGGAUGAAAUGUCGACACCCCGGGAUGUCAUGAGUGAUGAAACUAACAAUGAGGAAAGUGAGUCACCCUCUCAAGAGUAUGUGAACAUUACCAAGUACGAGACAUCACUGUACUCUCAAGAGUUUGGCAGGCCUAAACUUUCUCCACUUCCAGAUGCUUUUAAUGGAUUAUCUGAAGGAUCCAAAACAGAGGCCACAGAAGGUAAAGACUACAAUGCCUCAGCUUCCACCAUCUCACCACCCUCUUCAUUAGAGGAAGACAAAUUCUGCAAAUCUGUAUUCCAUGAUGUAUACCGGCAAAAAGAAAGUGAAGUCCAAGGCACUGCCAAAUUAGAAAUCAAAGAAUCCUAUCAAGAAGAUGUUGCUGGAAAACGUAGUCCAACCAAGAGUCCAGCUGACAGUUUGUCCCCUCCAUCACCUGUUGCCAGAACACCACUGAGUGAACGCAGUGUGAACUUUUCACUCACUCCCAAUGAGAUCAAGGUCUUGCCUGAGCCUGUCCCUGUUGCUGCGUUGCCUGUUGUACAUCAAGAAGUUGCUGAAGAGCACUGUGCAAGCCCUGAAGAUAAAACGUUAGAAGUAGCAUCUCCCUCACAGUCUGCUGCUGGAAGUGCUGGCCACACACCUUAUUAUCAGUCUCCCACUGAUGAAAAGUCCAGCCAGCUUCCCUCUGAAACCAGUGAAAAGUCAACAGAUGCUCCUGUUAGCUUUGAAUUCAGUGAAGUCAAAGAUAAGUCUGCAAAACCCAGAAUAAGCCCUAUGGAUGAGCCUGUGCCAGAUUCAGAAUCUCCUAUUGAAAAGGUUCUCUCACCUCUACGGAGUCCACCACUGAUAGGUUCAGAGACCACUUAUGAUACAUUUUUGAGUGCUGAUUUGAAGUCUCCCACCAGAGAUUAUGGAAGUUCUUCUCAAGGGAAACCUGAAAAAGAAAAAUCACCUGUUCAGAUGAGCCCAGCUUCUGAAGCUAGCUCUGGGGGCAUUUUCCAAGAAAAACAAGAUGAAAAAAGCGUGGAGUUUAUGGUAAUUAAGGAUAGCUGCAGCCUAGAGAGGAAAAUGGAAGAUACAGAACCCAGCAGCUCCCAGUCUUCACUGGUCUUGGAUGAGCGGAAGUUAGCAGGUGAUCUCUCACCUACUCAAAUAGAUAUCAGUCAAUUUGGCUCUUUAAAAGAGGAUGCCAAAAUGUCAAUUUCUGAAGGCACUGUUUCUGACAAGUCUGCAACUCCUGUUGAUGAGGUUGUAGCCGAGGACACCUAUUCCCAUAUAGAAGGAGUAGCUUCUGUCUCUACAGCAUCUGUUGCUACUAGUUCAUUUCCAGAACCAACUACUGAUGAUGUAUCUCCUUCCUUGCAUGCUGAGGUUGGAUCUCCCCACUCUACUGAAGUUGAUGAUUCCCUUUCCGUGUCUGUUGUACAGACACCAACAACUUUUCAGGAAACAGAAAUGUCUCCAUCUAAGGAAGAGUGCCCAAGGCCCAUGUCAAUUUCUCCACCAGAUUUCUCACCUAAAACCGCAAAAUCAAGAACACCGGUGCAUGAUCACAGAUCUCCUGAGCAGUCAACUAUGUCCGGAGAAUUUGGUCAGGAGUCCCCUGAGCAGUCUUUAGCAAUGGACUUUAGUAGGCAAUCUCCAGAAUAUCCUACUGUAGGCACUAGUAUGCACCAUAUAUCUGAAAAUGGCCCAACAGAAGUAGAUUAUAGCCCUUCAGAUAUACAGGAGCCUACUUUUGUGCAGAAGAUUUCCCCUGUGGAGCAGUCUUCUUACUCUCAGGAGAAAGAUAUUUCAGAAAUUAUUUCAGUUUCUCAAAUUGAAGCUUCAUCCUCAACUUCAUCAGCUCAUACACCUUCCCAGGUGAGUUCACCACUGCCAGAGGAAACUUUUUCAGGUGCUGUUCCACCCAGAGAUAUGUCGUUACAUUCUUCUUUUACCUCAGAAAAGGUGCAGAGCCUAGGAGAAAAGCUGUCACCAAAGUCUGACCUAUCUCCAUUUACUCCAAGGGAAUCUACUCCUCUGAACUAUCCUAGUUUUCCGGAUUCAUCUCCUGCAAUCUCAGAAGUGGUAUCAGCUAGUCAAACACCUUUGUGGUCACUACAAGUGUCCUCUGUCAAAGCAUUUGGUUACCAGGAACCCGUAACAAAGUACAGUCCAGAAGCUUUACUCAGCCCAGAAAAAGAAGAUUCAGAGAAAAGCAGCAGGUCACCAGAAGAACUUAGUUAUUCUUAUGAGGCUACAGAGAAAACCACUAGGUCACCAGAGGAUAUUAGCUACUCCUAUGAGGCAGCUGGAAAAUCUACUAGGUCACCUCAGGCUAUGGCUUACUCCUAUGAGACAACCAGGAAAACUACUAGGUCACCUGAGGCCACUGAUUAUUCCUAUGACAUAAUUGCAAAAAAUAUGAGGUCAUCUGAGGCCACAGAUUAUUCUUAUGAGGUGACAGGAAAAACCACCAGGUCACCAGGGGCCAUGGAUUAUUCUUAUGAGAUGACUGGGAAAACCACCAGGUCACCAGGGGCCACAGAUUAUUCCUAUGAGACAACGGGGAAAACCACCAAAUCACCUGAGGCCACAGGUUAUUCCUAUGAGAGAAUUGGGAAAGCUACCAGAUCACCCGAUACCAUGGAUUACUCCUAUGAGACCACAGGGAAAACGACUAAGUCACCAGAAGCCAUUAGCUACUGCUAUGAGACAAAUGGGAGAGCCACCAUGUCACCAGAGGCCAUGGUUUAUUCCUGUGAGACAACUGGGAAGGCCUCCAGCUCGCCUGAAGCCACAGAUUACUCAUUUGAGACAACUGGGAGAGCCACCAGGUCACCUGAAGCUGCUAGGUAUUCCUAUGAAGCAAGCACACAUUUCACUCCAGGAAAAUCGUUAGCAGAAUCCCAUCAAGAUGUUGACUUAUGCCUUGUGUCCUCUUGUGAAUAUAAACAUCCAAAAACUGAACUUUCACCCUCAUUUAUCAACCCAAACCCCCUCGAGUGGUUUGCAACUGAAGAACAGUCUCAAGAUCCAGAGAAACCAUUAACUCAGUCUGGGGGAGCUCAGCCACCCUCGGGGGGAAAGCAGCAAGGGCGGCAGUGUGAUGAAACCCCUCCCACGUCUGUGAGCGAGUCUGCGCCAUCUCAGACAGAUUCGGAUGUUCCCCCGGAGACCGAGGAAUGUCCUUCCAUCACUGCAGAUGCUAACAUUGACUCGGAAGAUGAGUCAGAAACCAUUCCGACAGACAAGACAAUUACCUACAAACACAUUGACCCACCACCUGUCCCAAUACAAGAUCGCAGCCCUUCCCCUAGGCACCCUGAUGUUUCCAUGGUUGAUCCAGAGGCUCUGCCGGUUGAUCAGAAUUUAGGUAAAGCUUUGAAGAAGGACCUCAAAGAAAAGACAAAGACAAAGAAGCAGGGUACCAAGACCAAGUCAUCUUCACCUGUUAAAAAGAGUGAUGGUAAAUCAAAACAAGUGGCUUCACCAAAGCCAGCUAUAAAAGAAUCUUUAGACAAAAUUUCCAAAACAGCUUCUCCAAAAAAGAAGGAGUCUGUGGAGAAGGCAACCAAAAAUAUCUCUAGUCCAGAAGUAAAGUCUCGAGCAGAAGAGAAAGAUAAGGACACCAAGAAUGCGGCAAAUACAACAUCCAAGUCAGCAAAGACAGCAACUACAGGACCUGGGAAUACUAAGGUGGCAAAAUCCACAGCAGUGCCUCCAGGACCCCCGGUGUAUUUGGAUCUGGUGUACAUUCCCAACCACAGCAAUAGCAAGAACGUUGACGUUGAGUUUUUCAAGAGGGUGCGGUCAUCCUACUACGUGGUGAGCGGGAACGAUUCUGCAGCUGAGGAGCCAAGCAGGGCUGUUCUGGACUCCCUGCUGGAGGGCAAGGCACAGUGGGAGACUAACAUGCAGGUGACCUUAAUCCCAACCCAUGACUCAGAAGUGAUGAGGGAAUGGUACCAAGAGACCCACGAGAAACAGCAGGAUCUCAACAUCAUGGUUUUGGCAAGCAGCAGCACUGUUGUUAUGCAAGACGAAUCUUUUCCCGCAUGCAAGAUUGAACUGUAAGAACGAGACCACACACCACAAGAUUAAACUUUGUUUCCAGAAAUUCUUUGGUUUGAAAACACCUUUUCUAAAAAUUCAACCCAUGUAUUUCAACUGCUGAACUAUAUACCUGCCAAAUGCUAUACUGUGUCACAGUGAUGCAAGUCACUAAUAUUUUUCAGUCUUUGCUGAUUGCUGAGGGAAAUAACAGUAUUCCUGUAGUAGGGUUCAAAUUACUGCAAAAAUACAGAUCCAGUUUCCUCUCCGCUGAACAUUUGGAAACCAUGCACUAGCAACCCCAACUGACUUCUGCCAGGUAGAGGCAUUUGCCCUCUAAAGAAACACAAAGAGAGAGAAAGAGAGAGAGGGGUAGGAGGAGAAAGUAAUAAAUAAUUAGAUCUGCAUUAGUCUUACGGCAAUAGAUGUAUCGCUUACUGCAGUCUGCUUAUGCUUUUACAUGAAAAUAAAGAUCUACAUUUGUAUCAAUCUGAGCUAUUGCAAGGGGGAUUCUUUUUUUACAGAAUUAAGUUAGCUGGAAAAUAAAAAGAAACGGAACGUGGCUAGGAAGGGAUGUACAACCUAAACACUCAUCAGCAGUUUUCCACUUUAAUUUGAACUCCACACACUGACAUACCAUAACAAUCAUAGACCAAAUAUGCACACAGUCUGCACCCCAUCCAGAAGUCUAAAAUCUUUCUUUCAACAUGUAGAAUUGUUGGUCUAAGACAUGCUCCCAGUGAAAGUCCACUCGCUCCAGCCAGAACUGACCAGUCCACAUGCUUGAACACCCAUGUCCACUGUCGAUUAACUGAAGCAAAAUACCAAAGCAGUCAGGAGUACAUACAGUAGACAAUUUGCCUUAGAAAGUGACUUGAAUGUACAAAGAAACUUGAUGCACUUAUUUUUUAAUGUUGAGACAGCAAAUUUAUAAAACAUCUGUGUAGGAUCAUAGUUACACCAGUAAAGAAGUGUGAGUGUGCAUGUGUGGUAUGAGAAACCUAUCUGACUGGUCAAACAGCUUGGUGCUAUGAAUUAUGUAUGUUAGUUAUGUGAACUCUUCAUUGAUGUACUUGGAUAACUCAACUAGGCAAGAUGAGCAUUUUUCUGAAAGCUUAUUUUGUACUGUGGAAACAAGAUUGAUGUGGUGUCCAGUAUCAGAGUUACAAAACUUAGCGAAACGUUCAGAAUGAUGAAAAAGGUCACCUGUGAGCCUGUACAGUAUUCAGCCUUCGUUUGUCUUACCUUGUUUUAUUUGUUUAAUUUAAGAACAAAUAUGGGAACAAAUGUACAGAAACCUUUUUUUUAGUGCUGUGUGAACUUUUAAUAGACAAAUUUUUAACAAAUGUUUUCAUUUACAGGAAAAUGCGAACAAAAAUUUUCAGGUGAAGGCAAUUUUUUUAGUAGUUUUGUAAGAUAAAUGAAUAAUGUUGUUUAAGAUUCUAGUGAGAAUGGAUAUUGUGGUAAAAUUUAUUGAAAAUAGUCAACUGCCAAUACCUUGGGGGGGGGUGGGGUGGGAGGGUGAAAGGGAACCCUGGUACUAAAAUUAAUCUAUUGAUGAUGACAGGAAAUGGGAUUUGAAAAGUUGAUAGCCUGAUACUUACAAGAGUGUAACCUACGUUCUCAACCCUGAGAAGAUCCUGAAAAAACAUAGAAUAAGCAAUAAGCUAAAAUAAGUCCCUUCCUUUUCCUUUCCCUUUCCCUUUCCCUUUCCCUUUCUUUCUCUUUCCCUUUCUCUCUCCCUUUCCCUCUCCCUUUCUCUCUCCCUUUCUCUCUCCCUUUCCCUUUCCCUUUCCCUUUCCCUUUCCCUUUCCCUUUCCUUUCCUUCCCUUUCCCUUUCCCUUUCCCUUUCCCUUUCCCUUUCCCUUUCCCUUUCCCUUUCCCUUUCCCUUUCCCUUUCCCUUUCCCUUUCCCUUUCCCUUUCCCCUCUUGUUUCUUUGUCUUUUUCUUUUCCUUCCCUUUUCCUUUCCUUGACUCUUCUUUUGCUCUUCCUUUCCUUUCCUACUUCCUCUCCCCCUCAGUUUCUUUCUUUAGACUGCUUGCAGAGGAACAGCAUCACUGUUCUGUGAUUUAAGUUGGUUUGGGUUUUUUAGCCUUAGAAGUUUUACCCCUAUUAAAAACAUCUUGUGAUAUUGUAGAAGGUUUGCAAAUCUGUAUUUAAAGAAGGCAUAAAGGCCUCCAGAAUGGGGAUAUGUGCUGGUCUGUAUGAUUCACCACUAUGGCUGGUGUGAAGUUUCACAAUGACUCAGUGACCUCAUUUUACUUUCUUUACUUAUAAUUUAUUUCAGUUUUACAUUGUUAGGAUAUUUUUGUUUAAUAGGUAUAUGUUGCACUCCUAAUUUUUAUGAGGUUUUUUUUUAAUACUGCCUUAGGGUCCUUUAAAUGUGGGCUCCUGAGGCCCAUUUAAUGCUGUGAAUGAUUGUCAGUUCUUGUGAGUUUUGAUUUAUUUUUAAUGUCUCCUCUUUUUAGGUGUUUCUAGCAAUGCUGUUUUAUUUAUUGCUAUGCCUUUUAAGUUGGUAAGAAUAACUCAGAAUGACUAUGGCAUAAAAGGCAUGUGGAAAUGUAUUGUGAAAACAAGCAUGUUUUCUGGGCUUAUAAUCAUUUACUUAAAAUUGCUUUUGUAAUACAUGGUCUACAAAGUUACAGGCAAAAUGUCUGGCAGAAUAGUUGUACUAUUUUUACAAUUCUUCCGCUUUGUCUACUUUCUUAUAUUGGUCAGAUUUCAAACUUUUUGGAGUGGAGGGGUACAGAUUUUCUGACAAUAUCUGAAAUGGUUUGUAUCUGUGCUUCGGUAGAAAAUCUGUUGUGCAUUGGUCCUGAGACUAAUCUCACUUACACCUCUUCCUCCUGUGAAUCAGAGGAAUUUUACCACAGUCAGGGAAGUUACAGUCAUUUGAUCCUAUUGUACAUGAAAUUGGAAUCAAGCCUUUUGUGUCCCCAAGCAAGUCUGUGAUGGCUCAAGCAUUUAUUUUAAUUUUAAUAAUAAUAAUAAUUAUAAUUACUAAAAUAAUAUUAAUAAUUAGAUAGCUACAGCUGAUCUUAAAAUGUACGUUCAGUUUUUUGCUGCUACAAGAAUAUUAAAACCCCAGUCUGGCUAUUUCUGAGGUAUUGUAAUGCCUGUUCCAUCCAUUCCCUUUCAAAUGGCAACGGUGCCCGGGUGCAACGCAGCGAUGAACUCCUCCAUUAGCUCCUCUUGCCCUUAAUGUCUUUCCUGCCUGUGGAACUAAUCUAACUGUGCUAGUCCCAGUACUACACAAUUAGUUUAGUGUAACAGUCAUCAAAAUGUACCAUGUACAUUAAUGAUGAGUGCUGUUAAUCAGCAUAGAUUUCUAGGAGCAUGGUUUGUUAUUGAUUAAUUACAAAGACUCAAUAUCUGAGUGUAAAGGACACUCCAUUUACAUGAUGGUAUUAUUCAUGAAUAACAGCAUCCCCAGUCAUGAUCUUUAUGAUAUUACUAUACUGCUUCAUAUAAUUCAAUGAAGAAUUAACUUUGGAGAUCCCACCGCACUCCUGAACUCGGGCAGGGCCUCUCUUGCAUGCCUUUUCAAAGUCCUGUGGUGGGCCCGACUUCAUUGACCUCUAUUUUCACCCCAUCUUUCAGAGAAAUCACUUCUGAUUUUUUUUUUUAAAUUUUUUUUUUUACUUACUUUACAUACUGUGGUGAAUGGAGAUAACUGUGUAUAUGAACAUUGGGGUUUUUUAAUUGUCUAUGAUAGCUUAUGCAUUUUAGGAAUUCUGGUACUCAUUUACUAAGAUUUAAUCAAUUUGCUAAUUGAAUUUUCAAUCCCUCCCACCACUAGCAAGUCAGCUCCAAAGAGCACUUACUGUGCAUUUGGGACAUUUCUAUCAUAUGCUUCUCUUUGUUCAUGUCGCCAGAGGUUCUUGCUCAGUAAUGAUGUUUUGAGAGAAAUAGUAAUUUUGUUGGACUGGAUUUACUAGAAAAGGAAAAAAUGUUUACACUUGAAAGAAACUGUAAGCUUUCAUCUUUUCACUUACUAAUUGAACAAAACACUAGAAGCAACUAGGGGUAAGCAUUUCUUAGGAUGCAAUUAUAUUAUUCACCUGAUUUAAAAAUGUUUGGUAUUUAAAAGAAAAAAAGUCUGUUUGUUGUGACUCUACAAAAAAUCUAAAAAAAUUAAGUAACUAAAUAAAAAAAUGACAUAAAAAUAUAGAAAAAAAAUUUCAAAAGCAGCUUCUCCACACUAGACUAGCAAGGAGCUCCUCAGAUGGCAGGAGCUACCUCUUCAAGACUGGGCUGUGAUCACGACUGUAAAAAAGGAAAUCUGAAAUAUGCUUUCACGCAUUUGCAUGCAGCCAUUAUCUUCCAACCUAUGGAAAGAAAGUCUUGUUGCUGGCUGAGAAGCACCUCACACACCUCCUCUCUCUUGUUCUGAAUGGUGUUUGUGUCAGUCUGCAGCUGUGUAUGGUAUUAUGUCUUAUAAUCCUGCAUCACUUCUAUUCUAUCCAGUCAUAUCUAAUGUAGAAAAUUAGUUUCCAGUGAAAGUAAUAUGUAGUGCUUUUAUGAUAUUUGUGUGCAAUAUCCCCUCUUCCAUUGAGGAUAUUUGAUGUAAAGGAAACAAACUCAGUUCCACAAUAAAAUACAAAAGUGGUAAA